ACUCUCUAAGGAAAUAAUUGCAUUUUUACCCCCCACUGUUUGGGGUUAUGUCGCAUGUUUACCCCCUGACCAUUUCAACGUUAUUGUUACCGUUAGUUUGUAGUGAAAAGUCCAAACUACCCUUCAUCUUCCCCAUUAAUAGCUUGAAUCCUGCCCUAAAUGCUAUCGUUCUUCAAUCCACCCCCAAUCCAAGCUUCAAUCCCUCAAUUCACUGCCCUCAAUCCCUCAAUUCUCUGCCCUCUAAUUACUGCCCUGAACAUGUCUUCAUCUUCGUCGUCUGUGCUUCGAUUCAAGGGCAAAACUCAACAUUCAGACAUCAUAUGUUCAUGUGGUGCGAAAACAGCGGUGAAACAAUCAGAAUCGACAGUUAAUCCUGGUCGUUGGUAUAUUCGAUGUGUUGGAGGAUGUGGAUUCCUAAGAUGGGCUGACAAAGGUGAAGAACAGGGAUGUCCGGUUUGCAGAAAGCUUGCUUGUAAUUCUGUAGGAAAGGAUGUUGAGAAUGAGAAAGAUGUUGGUAAGGAUGAAGACGUCGUUGCAGCCGAAGAACCAGAUAGUUAUGUCUACUUUGAGGAUCAAGAGUCUGAGAUACUCAGACCUUACAUGGAGCAAGAAACUGAUUAUGAAAAGAUAUCCAGAGAUCUGACAAAGGAUUAUGACCCUGAAGUGCUGGAACAUGCAUGGGAUUACACGUAUUGGGAUGAAGAUGAUGAUUGGUACUUUGACCCAUAUGAAGGGGAGCAUGGUUCUGAUUCGGAUUAGUCUUGUUUGGAUGAUUGUCACUGGAAAUAGGCUAGAUUUUGUUUGGUUUUAAGUUUGUAUGUUGGACCUCUUAUUUGUACUAAAUGUUGCAAUGUAAUGUAAUCGAAUCACUUUCCGCC